CAACGAAAGAAGAUGAUCUGUUUCUUGUGGACUCUAUUAGGAAUUUACUUAAAAUGUACAUUAUGCGACAGAUCCUGUGGAGAGAGGAAUCAUGUUAUUGGCGCUGAGGGAGGUGAUGUCUUACUUCAAGUGGAUCCAGACGGAGUGAUGGGAGAUAUCACAUGGUUCCUCUCUGGAAAUCAUUUUGCCACCUCGGAACCUGGAAAAAUUAUAAAAAUUCGAGAUAGUCGUUACAAAGAAAAAGUCGACAGCACGGAGGAUGGAUCAGUACUCAUGAAAAACUUAGCAAAGAAAGACGAAGGAACGUAUAUAGCAAGUACCUUGAAAAGCACAUCAGGAAUCGAAGAGCUUUGUGCACUGAUAUAUGACCUCAGAGUAUACGAAAUGCUGUCAGAUGAUAAUAUUGAGAUUGAUUACGAGGUUUCCAGUAAUGAGACAUGUAACGUGACCUUUAUCUGCAUAGUGAGGACAUCAGAUGUGACCAUUACCUGGGAGAGUUCAACUAACACUGAUGUAAAUGUGACCAGUAAUGUUGUACAUGUACAAGACCCUGAUCUAAAAGUUAUCUACACCUGUACAGCCUGGAACCCCAUCAGUAGCGUCUCCAAAUCUGUGACCCCCUGGAAGUACUGCAAGAUAGGGAGACAACAGAUAUCAGAAGACUACAAAGACAUGAACAUAAUACGGCUGAAGUUGGCUGGUUUCCUAUUGAUAAUCACUUGCUUUAUUCUUGGCCAUCACAUUAAAACAGAGGUGGUGGUGUCCUCAACAGACAACAAAUGAAGGAUCUGCAAGGGUCACGUCUGGACUUGAAGAACAGAAGUAAUGGGUUCUACAAACCACCUUCUGAGCUUCUGGACUUAGACUUCAUCUUGGACAGAGCUUAUAUGUUUAUUGUAUUAAAAAAAGUUUUUUUUUUUUUUGCAUUUUCU